CAGCGAAUAUAUGUACUCGAGAGCCUUAUUCCUGUACUUCAAAACGUGCCAAGGUGUGACUGCGCACGCGCACUCUGAGAAAAGAAUAAAGAGAGAAAAGUAAAUUCUUACGAAGUAAAGCAAAAACUAGUCAGGCACGCUGGCUAGUUAGAAGGUGGUGGGUUGGCAACCAUGGCCGACAACAAACAGAUGGAGAUGGAUCAGUCACAGGCCCAGGCCCAACAACAAAACCAGAACCAGCAGUCCCAACAGAUGAUAAUAACGACUCAUGAUAUGCAGCAGAAUGUGCAGCAGCAGGCUCAACAGCAGCAACAGAAUCAGGCUCAGCAACAGAAUCAGCAGCAGGCAAACGGACCACAGAAGUUACAGACACAAGUCCAAGUCCAGCCGCAGGUCGCAGCAAUCAUGCCGCAGCAGCAUUUGCAGGACGCCGUGGCAGUCUCGAUGCAGCAUCAGCAGCAGUCGCAAAACGUCGGCGGCGUCUCGAUGACGCUCUCCGGUCAGCAGGGUGCGACUACCAUCACGACCAUGGCCGCCCAUCCCCAGGCGGUCCAGGUCAUCCAGCAGCCGAUGCAGAAUCAGUAUCACCUCCAGCAGCUCUACAAUGCCCAGGGCACGCCGCUGCUCAUGCCCGGUAAUCUUCUGGCCCACCCGGCCGGCAUUAAUCCCUCGCCCAUACAGGUGCAGUUCAACAACAUAGCCGGCAAGCCCUUCCAGACGGGCGCGCAACUCGCUCCCCACAUGCUGACAACCGCGUCAACGGGACAGGGUGGUGCGCAUCCCGGGGCUGCCGGCGCCAAGGUCCAGGGCUUCCCCGCCGGUUACAUACCGGUGCCGACGUCGGCGACGCCGGGCGGUGGACAGACCCUCGUCUUCGGCCAGCUCGAGGUCGUACCCCAGCACCAGACCUCCAUUCAGCAACAGCAGCAACAGCAGGGCAACAACAAGAACGACCAAGUGCAAAAGUAUACAACGUGUACGGCUGGCGCACCAUCGGGCCAGAAUCGCGGCAUGCAAUUCGCCCCCUGGCAAUUCGCCGCCCAGGGCAUCUGGACCGGACUUCAACCGCAGACGUUGCUCACGGCAGCUCCAAAUCAAAUAUUUAUACGAGACCCGACGCAGCCUGACAUGUUCAUACAGAGUCCGCAGCCCAUUCAGACGCAUAAUGCACUGGCGGCGCAGCAGCAAAUCCAGGGUGUCCAGCAAAUAGCUACGACGGGAGGCAAGCCCCGGGUGAUGAACAUACAGCAGCAGCAGCAGACGAACAAGCAGGGCGUCGUGAGCCAACGUCCGCUCAGCAUCCUCCCGUCGUCCUUACAGGGCGUCCAGGCGGCCAAUAUCAGGCCAGCAAGUUCCGUGUCCACGCAGACGAACCACGGGGUCCAGGCGACGGUCCACGCCCAGAGCGGCAAAGGAGGUGGCGGCGCGGGCAAAGGCCGCGGUAAGCCGGUGGUUCGCACAAGUCCCGGUCCUAACGCCAUCAAUGUCACGGUAACGAAGGCCGGUGGCGGCGGCAACGCAUCCGGCGCACAAACUAAAAACGCCAAUGUCCAGCACGCGACAAUGAUAAUGCAGCCGCAGCCCGGGCCCCAGACCGCGGGCAACAAUAACGGAACGAAUAACAAAAUGCUAAUAGCGACGAGCACAGCAACUUCUGCGCAACCACCCGGCUCACCAAUGACCGCCGCUGACAAGCAAAAUUUCGGCCAGCAACAAAACAAACAAACCGUUAUGCAAUCACCCCAGCAGCAGCAGCAACAACAGCAGCAGCAGCAGGCCCAGCAGCAGGCCCAGGCCCAAGCUCAGCAGCAGCAGGCUCAGGCACAGGCUCAACAGCAGGCCCAACUCCAAGCCCAACAGCAGCAGCAGAUACAGCAGAUAUUCAUCCAACAGAUUCAGCAGCAACAGCAACUGCAGCAGCAGUACCAGCAGGCCCAGCAGGCGCCCCAGCAGAUUCAACCCAAACCCCUUAUGGGUAUGGCGGUACAGCAGCAGCCUGGCCAGCAGCAGAACGUCGUCCUUGGUGGUGAGCGACCGAUAAUGCCGGUAGUCUCGAUCAACCCCGCCCUUAUUGGCAAUCAGAUCGUCAGUGGGGCCCAUCAGAUUCAGGCACUACCGAUCGUCAGCCAGACGGCCGAUCAAUUGCAGGCCGCUGCCGUCGCGGCAGCGGCCCAACAACAGAUGCAUCAGGCCGCUACCCAACAGCAGCUCCAGCAGCAGCAUCAACAACAACAACAGCAGCAGCAGCAGCAGCAGCAACAACAGCAACAGCAGCAGCAACAACAACAACAACAGCAGCAACAGCAGCAGCAACAACAACAGCAGCAGCAGCAGCAGCAACAGCAACAGCAACAGCAACAGCAGCAACAGACUUCCACGGAACAAGGUCAGAGUAUGCCGAUACUCGUGACGUCACCCGACAGGGCCGCACCCGGCCACAUCGAACUCCAGUCGUUGAUGCAGCCACCGCCACCGGCGGCCACCCCCAUGAGCUCCACGGUCGAUGAUCCUUCUAAAAUAAUCAUCCCUACGAAGAAGGAAUCCUCGGAGAUGGCCACUGGCGAUGAUGUAUCAAUGGAUACGUCUGGUCAGUCGGAAAUCGACCAGAGGAAUAUCGGCAAGGACGAGCAUCUGGAUGGAGUGUCGAUUAAGAGCGACGAUAAAACCAAUAAUCCUCUUAUAAAUCUUGCGAACGCCGUAAACUCGAUAACAAAUGGCAAUAUCGGCGAGGAGACGACGGUCUUGGAAUCUCUGCCGAUGACAGUGAGCAGCAAGCAGGUGCCACCCAAGGCAAUGGUUAAACCGCAAGUGCUCACCCACGUUAUCGAGGGCUUCGUCAUACAAGAAGCAUCGGAGCCAUUUGCCGUGAAUCGCUCGUCACUCAAUGGAUCGAUAACGCAAGAAACAAACAACAUUGGUAGAAAUCACUCCGCGGAUAAAGAAAAUCACGAGGAGCCACUGAUCAAAAGAAAGAAAAAUUCUGUCAAUUACUCAACGGAUGGAGACCAGGGCCUGCAAGGAAAAUGCGAGGCAUGUGGCAAUAUUCUGGACGAGCAGAACAUGAAAAUCAAGAAAGACAAGAGGUUCUGCUCAACUAUUUGCGCCAAAUCGAAAAAGAAAGAAAUUCGAGAUAACGGAGACAAACAAUGGUCGGAAAUAGAAAUUGAUGUUAAAAUUGAUAACGACUCGAUUAAAAAGAAUGGAGACGAUAAGUCGAUGAUUGGUUUACCUCAUAAUGUGGCAUUAGACGACUCUUUGCCAAAGAUAAAUCCUGUUAAGUGGACGGUCGGCGAAGUUUGCGACUUUAUAAGAAAUUUGCCGGGCUGUGCAGAUUACGCCGAGGAUUUCGCCAUUCAAGAAAUCGACGGCCAGGCUCUCAUGCUCCUCAAAGAGGAUCACUUAAUGUCCGCAAUGAGCAUCAAGCUCGGGCCGGCCUUGAAGAUCGUAGCAAAAAUCGAUUCGAUGAGGAUGGAUUCAACAACGAACGCCAGUCCCGUGACUGGCAGUAACGUUUAAUGUGUACAAAGAUAAAGAAAGGGUGCGUGCCUAGACAGAUAAAACAAUGUCCCAUAGACAUUUGUAAUAAUGAUAAUGUCAACAGUGUCGAUAAUAUUUCAUAGUAUAUUGUGAACGAUUUUUGGAAUUCGCACCCCUCGCGCUAAUUAUGAACACUAACUACAUUGUGAGAUUAAACGUGAUUGGCAAACAAUGUAUUCUUAAGUGCAUAAUGACUACUCUUCGACAUUGUUCGGAGUAUAGGACAAUUUCAAAAUGUUUAUAACAAAGUUAUACACAGGGUACGUGCAAGCUAUUUUUCUUAAUUUAGUUAAUGGAAUACAAGUGACCUCUAAGUGGUUGUGUGAAAACAAGUAUGAACAUUCCGUUGUAUUUUAUUUCAUCCUGGAGCUGAUUCUUUUUCGUUCCACAUCUCUAUGUAAUAUAUUUCUUUACGGAAUUCGUAACUUUCUCUGUGUAAAUAGUUAAAAGAGUAGUAUUUUAAGCUUCAUUUUGUAAAGUUAUAUUCCAUUUAUAGAAAUAAAAAAUUAAAAAAAGAAAUUCAAUACUUGUAUGCUUUGAGAACUAUUUUUUGUCCGAUUAAGGUUCGUUUCAAUUAACUUGUACGCUAUAUUCUGAGAACUAUUAGAUUUAUAAAAUGCAAUCGAUGGAAUAGAACAGGAUCGUUUGCUAAAAUGAGAUUUAUAAAAAAAAAACAAAAAAAAAAACAAAA